AUGGACUCGCUCCCCCCAAUUCCACAUGCAGAUCCGGACCUAAUAGCUCUCGAUUUCGUUCCUUUCUUCCGAGUGUACAAGGAUGGCCGCGUCGAAAAAUUCAUCAAAGCUCCCUUCGUCCCUCCAGCAGACUCAGACGAUCCCCAAAGCACUGGUGGCGUCCGAUCAAAAGAUGUCAUCAUUUCAUCAGAAACCCAAGCAUGUGCACGCUUAUAUCUUCCGGCCACAGUCAAACCCGACGAGAAACUUCCCGUUCUGAUCUACAUCCACGGGGGGGCAUUUGUCAUCGGAUCAGCUUUCGGCGUCGUAUACCAUAGCUAUCUUACCUCCGUAGUAGCUGAGGCUAACGUCGUUGCCGUGUCUGUCGAGUACAGGUUGGCUCCGGAGCACCCUAUCCCCGCAUGCUUCGAUGAUUCUUGGGCAGUAACAAAAUGGGUCGACUCCCAUGCCAAUAGAAAAGGCCCUGAACCAUGGCUCAAUAAUCACGCCGACUUUUCUCGGGUGUUUUUGGCAGGUGACAGCGCGGGAGGCAACAUUGCACAUUACAUGACUGUCAAAGCCAGCCAAGAGGGGUUGGGAGAUGGUGUAAAGCUUGAGGGGUUGAUUUUAGCGCAUCCAUUUUUUGGUAAAGGAGGGCGUGAAGAAUUAUGGGAGUACAUCACUUCAGAUUUCAAAGGGUGGGAUGAUCCAAGGCUUAAUCCAAUGGCAAGUCCUGAACUGCUGUCGGGCCUUGUGUGCGGGAAGAUUCUGUUGUUUACAUCGGAGACAGAUCCUCUUCGAGAUAGGAGUUUGCGUUACUGUGAGGCGAUAAAGAUGAGCGGAUGGAGUGGUGAAUUGGAGGUUGUGGAUGUUGAAAAGGAGGGCCAUACUUUUCAUAUACUGAAUCCAAGUGGUGACAAUGCUGGAAUCUUGAUGAAACGCCUGGUUUCAUUCUUGGGAAAUUAG